AUGACACCGGAAAUUGCUAACUGGCUGGGUCAGGCUUGGAUUCGCUAUUUCCCGCUGUCCAUCUAUGUUCGCGAACUUGUCAGCUCUGGAAGACUUGGAAAGGUCAGUCGUGUCUUCGCAGACCUCUCGAACGCCAACAAACUUGAAGAGAGCAUUGAGGACUCGCAUCGAAUGGUCAGUCCAGACCUCGCAGGAGGUGCACUGCUAGACCUAGGUUUCUACUCCCUGACAUGGAUCUUCCAAACACUAUACAGCACUCAAGGUGACGAUGCUGUAAAACCUCAGGUGCUCAGCAGCAUGCAGAAGUACCGUCUCGGUACGGAUGAGAUGACCACGGUGCUGCUGACGUUUCCUCGGUCUGAGGGUGGUGAUGCACAUGGAAUAGCAACCACUAGCAUUCGAGUCGCAUCUGACCCUGACGGCAAACGCACAGCUGGUCCAUGUGUACGCAUUCAGGGAGACCGGGGCGAGGUGCAGGUCUUUCCUCCGGCAUACCGUCCCACGCGCACCAAACUGGUCCUACAGGAUGGAACUGUUGACGAAAAGGUCUGGGAAGUUCCAGGCGUUGGUCCCGGAAGCGGAUGGUACAAUGGUUUCGCUCCUGCGAAUGAUUGGAAUGCCGAAGGCGAAGGCCACGGUAUGUUCUGGGAGGCCGACGAGUGCGCGCUCGCACUUAGGGACGGGCGAAAAGAGGGUCGUUUUGAGAGCUUGGAUGAAAGUAUUGCCAUCAUGCAAGUCAUGGACGAGGUAAGGCAGCAGCACGGGAUGACUUACCCUGAACGCAUCGAGACCACGGAGUAUCCAGUACAUGUUUGA